AUGUCAACGAUGAAAUCAGCCAAUUUUUAUCAUUAUCCAUCAGAUUCGAAUGAUAAUACUAUUGAUAAUCAUUCAUUAUCAAUACCAUUACUUGCAUUAAAUGAUAUAUGGAUACUUCCAAUAUUUAUUCUUUGUUUAUUUGGUAUAUUAUGUACAAUAAUCAUAUCAUUUAUAUUCAUAUAUUUAUCAUAUCGUCGUUUGAAUGGUCAUUUUUUAUUAACAAAUUUAUUUAUAUGUUUUAGUAUAUGUUUUAUUUAUAUAAUUCUAAUCAUUUUUUUAAUACGUGCUAAUGAAUUAUUUUGUGGUUUAAGAGAAUUUUUAAUACAAUUUGCAUAUGCAUUAUUAUAUUCAGCAUUAUUAUGUCGUUAUAUAAUGCAAUGGUUAGGUUCAAGAAUAUUAUCAAAACGAACAAAACAAUUAACAUCAUUAUUAAUCUAUGUCUUAUUAAUAUUCAUUCAAAUACCUAUUGGUAUAUUAUGGUGGUAUUUUACAACACCACGUUUUUGUCAACAACGAAGAAUGAAUAUGUUAUUAUCAACAUCAAAUAUACCUAAAUUAGAAUUUCAAUUUCAAAAAUCUCAUCUAUCACCAUCAGUAAUAAAACCAUGUUCAAAUCGUUGUAUUGUUGAUUAUCGUUUUUAUGCAACAUUUACUUAUACAAUAUUAGAAUUAAUUUUUUGUACAAUUAUUUCUACAUGUUUAUUUUUAUGUCGUCAUUGUCAUAGAAAUAGAGUUGAAAAAGAUAAAGAUGCAACUAUAUCUAUUAAUGGUAAUAAUCCAAUAUUAACAUUUUUAAAUAUGUUUGCAUUUAUUUUAAUUGAUCUUACAUGGUUAUCAUGGACAAUUAUAUAUUAUUUUACUCAUCCAUUUUUUGUAUUUCCAUCAAUUCUUAUUGGUAUGUUUAUAAUCGCAACAAUAUGUUUAUUAUUUAUUCUUCUUCCACAAGUAUAUUAUUAUUCGAAAUUAAAAUUUACUGAUAUAAAUACAUAUAAAACAAAAAUGAAUGUUCCAUCAACAACUUUAUAUAGUAAUAAAUUAGCAUCAACACAUGAUAUUAAUGAUCAAGAAUUACUUUUGAAUGAAAAAACGAAUCGUUCACAUAAAAAACAACAAACAUUAUCAAAUGGAAGUGAAGUAUCAGAUGAAUUAGGUACAAGUGGAACAUUUCUACCAAUAACACGAACACCAAAAGGACCAUUUAAAGUAACGACGCCUAUUGAAAAACUUGAUAAAUUAAUCUAUGAUGAACAUGAGUCUACGGAUAAUCACAAGAGAACUGGUACAAGCGAAAGAAAAAUAAAUAUAUCACUUAAUGAUACUACAGAUCAACAAGAACAACGAUUACAACCACCAAUUGCACCAUUACAACGUCAAUUAACAUCGAGUAGUAUUGCAUCAGAUUUUGUUACACCUGUUCUAACGAAUGUUCAUCAUCAUGGAUCUGAUUCAUAUAGACAACAAAAUCCAAAUAUUCGUACAUCAACAUCAAUGUAUUAUUCAGCAUAUCCUCCACCACGUCAUGAUGAAACUAUUAUACCAAUUUUAUGUACUUCGGAACGCCCACGAACAUCAACACCUGUUCAAAUGCGUCUACUUGUAAAUUCAACACCUUCAUCAGUACCAACAACACGUCGAAUACAUUCCGGUACUGACCUUCGAUAUAUUCGACAUCCAUAUCAUCAUGUUUAUCCUCCUCCUCCACCACCACCAUCAACUCCUCCAUAUUAUUCUCCUCAACCACAACAAUAUCUAUUUGUUGAUCCAUAUCGAACAAUGCCUUCUCGUAUAGGUGGUAAUACAUGGCAUUCAGUUUUAUUACAACCAAGAACACCAUCACAUCGUCAACCAUCACCAACAUCAUCUUCAUAUCGUCGAUUUCAUAUGGAUAAUCGUUCAUUAUCUCAACGUUUAUGGGAUAUCGAUAGUGGUGAUGAUGAAGAUGAAGUUGAAGAAGAUAUAAUUAAAAUUGCUGGUAGUGAAACACCACCAAUAAAAGAACAAUUAAAUGAUUAUCAUUCAAAUAAUUUUGAGCAUGAUGAUAAUAUUUUAUUACAUAUCGAUGAUGAUGGAGACGAAGAAAAUGAAGAAGGAGGAGAAGAAGAGUCAUAUAGAAAACAAUAUGUACAUGUAUAA